CUUCAUCUACGUGAUGUUUGCAUUGAAUUCCUGGAAGAAUAUGACGUUGCACCUCAUCUUCGCUCAAGCCUCGGCUUACACAGAGCUUGUGAACAAAAGCUUUUUACCCCUCACCUGAGCUGCCCUUUCCGCCAUGCAUUCCCACGGAGCUAAGUAUAGCACAACAACAUGGCAGCGUGUGCGAAUAAACGUCACUGACAUACUUGUCAUUUCAAAAUACGAACUUUGUAAGCUGACAUAUUGGAUAUGCCCUAGCAUUCGGCUUUUCAAGGAGAUUUUCACACGCUUCUGUAUCACCAAGCCAAGCUUUCCAUAGACGUGUUGACCCCGCAUAGUUACGGCUGCCUUUCCGAGAAACACAGAUGCCUUCUUCGCCUGUACUUACUUGCAUAGGCAGUCGCUUUGUUCCCUGGCGAUAUCGAAUUCUCUUUUGUACCAUCAACCUUGCUUCAAGUCUUGCAUUCCAGGAGUACGUGACACUGUGCUCAUCUAUCGAAGGCUUUGUGGCUGUGAGGAAAUUGGCAGCAACUAUUUUGCAAGGAUACGAAACUAUAAGAUCGUCUGCGAACCCAGAUCAGAUAAACAGCAGAAUCUACAAACUACCUCCCUCAAAAGACAGGAAGCUCAAUUCAAAAUGAGACCAAUGGCGAUGAACACGACAAUGGCGGCAGCAGCUGGCUUCAGCACAAUGAUGUCUGACUCUCGCCUUUGGCCAGGAAAUUCGCCCGCAGCAGUCUCCUC